GCUCGCGGAGCUCCGAAGACUGGUCUCAGCAUCCCGCAGGCUCGGUCAAAAGCAGCGACGAAACGUCAGCCGCUGCCAGACAUGGAUGAAGGAAUCUCCCGCUUGCCGGAGAGGCAGCUACUGGAGCAUAGGGAUUUUAUAGGGCUGGACUACCCUUCCCUCUAUAUGUGCAAACCCAAAAGAGGCGUGAAGAGGGACGAGAGCAAGGAAACGUACAAACUGCCGCACAGACUGAUAGAAAAGAAGAGGCGAGACAGGAUUAACGAAUGCAUUGCCCAGCUGAAGGAUUUACUGCCCGAGCAUCUGAAAUUGACGACGCUGGGACACCUGGAGAAAGCGGUGGUGCUGGAACUGACUUUGAAACACUUGAAAGCGCUAACAGCCUUAACGGAGCAGCAGCACCAGAAGAUCAUCGCUUUGCAGAACGGGGAGCGGUCCAUGAAGUCUCCCGUGCAGGCCGACCUGGACGCCUUCCACUCGGGCUUUCAGACGUGCGCCAAGGAAGUGCUGCAGUACCUCUCCCGCUUCGAGAGCUGGACCCCCCGCGAGCAGCGAUGCGCCCAGCUCCUCGGCCACCUGCACUCCAUCUCCUCGCAGUUCCUCCCCGGCCCCCAGCUCCUCUCCCCGCCGCCGGGCCCCCUCAGCAAGGGAUCCUCCUCCUCUUCCUCCCCGCCCGCCCCGUCCUGCGCGCCGGGCCACAAGCCGGAGGGCCAGGCUAACUGCGUGCCCGUCAUCCAGCGGACUCACGCCGCCGAGCUCAGCGCCGAGACCGACACGGACACGGACAGCGGCUACGGCGGGGAGGGCGAGGCGCGCCCCGAGCGCGGCCCCGCGGCGGCGGCCGGGGGAGCGCUGCCCGCCCUGGCCAUCAAGCAGGAGCCGUCGGGGGACGAGGUGCCCCCCGCGCCCAAGCGGCUGAAGCUGGACCGCGGCGGCAGCCCCCUGCCCGGCCCGCCGGGGCUGGCGGCGCGGGGCGCCGAGGCGGCGGCGGCGGCGGCGGCGCUGGUGAGACCCGACGCCGCCCUGCUGGGCUCGCUGAUGGCCCUGGGGGCGGGCGGCGGCGGGGUCCCCUUCGGACAGCCGGCGGCCGCGGCCCCGUUCUGCCUGCCCUUCUACUUCAUCUCCCCCUCCGCCGCCGCCGCCUACAUGCAGCCCUUCCUGGAUAAAGGCAGCCUGGAGAAGUACCUCUACCCCGCCGCCCCCAUCCCGCUCCUCUACCCGGGCAUCCCGGCCCAGGCAGCCGCCGCCGCGGCCGCCGCCGCCGCCUCCUUCCCCUGCCUCUCCUCCGUGCUCGGCCCCGCCGAGAAGGCGGCCGCCGCCGCCGCCGCCGCCGCCGGGCUGCCCCCGACGCCCCACCUCCCGCACCCCUUCGCUGCCGCCGCCGGGCUGGCCGCCGCCGCCGCCGCCGAGCCCGGCGAGGAGGCCGAGACCGCCGCCGCCGAGGAGCCCUGCGCCGAGGGCCCGUGA